AGAAUGGAAAGGGCGGCAUCAAAAGGAAGGGCAAUCUGUCCAAUAGCCGCAUCUUACCACCGCUAGUCGCUUACCACACGUUGCCACCUCUCCAUAAAUUGAAACGAUGUUGUUCUGGUUGUCUGUCUUCGCUCUAUCAGCAUUACUGGUAAUGUUGAUGUUCCGAUACCGCGCAACGCUCGUUUCCCAUGUUCCCAACCCAAUAAAGUCUCUGUUCCCAAGUCUGGGUAACUAUACCCCGCUUGCGACUUUCGAAGAUCAAGCAAAUGCGGGGUUGACGUCAAAUACCUUCGACAUUGAGGCUAAUAUUCGGGAGGGUGAUUCAAGGGCUGGUCUGGAUGAGCGGGGCACACAGGAGGUCCUGGCGAUCAUGCGGAGGGAUAGGAUCAACUUUGACCAAGCGAGGCUGAUACGCCACAAUGAGUAUCUGGCUGCCAAUGGCAUUGAUCCUUCAGGAAUGCCAUUGGAUGCGAAGGCUAUCACUCGACUGUAACAUCUUUGUAUUCCGCCCUGUGUCCUCAUGCCUUCUUUCUCCUUGCUCCUGGAUGGACGGUUCUCACUCAUUCUAUUUUCUAUUGCAUUUGCCUUUCAGCUACGUUGGAUUCUCAAGACUCUAUCCCAUGUGCUGCUCAGUGCUGUAUCCCUCAUGUACUUCUGUUCAUCUAGCAAAUCAUAUCCUUGUGGUUCUCCACAGCCUCCGCUUUUGCUUCCGUUAUA